UCGUUCAGAUACACAGUCAUACAAUCGCGUAUUCAAAGGAGUAGUAAUGCUUUCAUUAAAUAAAAAUCAGGCUCAGUUUUUGGUUCUUUAUUUUAUUUUCUUCAUCAGUUUUAUUUCAUCAAAGGCGCAUGCCGAAGAGAGAAAUAUUAACAAGCUUCUAAAUAACCAAGUCGUGGUUAGUCGCCAAAUUAUGUGCAUUUUGGAAAAAAGCGAGUGCGACCAAUUAGGGCAGCAACUCAAAGCUGCUCUGCCAGAAGUUAUAACUAGGAAAUGCAGAAACUGUUCGCCCCAACAGGCUCAAAAGGCACAAAAGCUGACAACAUUUUUACAAACAAGAUACCCCGAUGUCUGGGCUAUGCUUAUAAGGAAAUACCAAAGUGUCUAAAUAUACAAACUACACAGGCUAUUUAUACCCAUGAAUUCAAAAAUAAAAUCGUAGUAUCGAAAAAUUUCCACAGCUUCUGUAUGCAUUUUUUUCUGCACUGCGUGGCAUACAUAUAUCCAUGGAAAAUGUGAUGGGAAACGAUAUGUCUGGCACAACACUUAAAUUCCUUACAUUUGGCCUUUGGCAGCAUCUUGG